CGAGGCAUCAGUGGCUCCCAUGGAUUAAUAACCCUUCAUCAAAAAGAAACUCAAUGACACCAACCAAGCAGGAACGUGAAAUAGCCUCAGAUGGCGCCAACACCAAGAAACCAGUUACAGGUCACCAACUUGGAACCAUUGCAGGUCUCUCCACACUCUGCUUGGUGUUGCUUGUGACCAGCAUAGCACUUACUAUCUUGUAUAACCAGGAAUCAGACAACAAGCCUGAGUGGAAUAAUCUUCUCUUCGACUACCAGAACAUCAGCGACUACUACCUCACUGCUGCCAAUGCAAACAUUGAACUGAGAAGAGAUAACCAAAAAUUAAAGGAGCACAAUGCCUGGCUGGAUGAACAGGCCAGGCUCCUCAAUAGAAGCCUCACUAAACUCACUUCCAUGAACCAGGCCUUGAGUUUGGAAAGCACACAGCUACAGGAGGAAAUUGCAAAUCUAACCUCAAUAAACUCAGAGCUCACACAAGACCACAACCAGCUGGUGCAGCACAGCACCGAGCAGGAGGAAAAGAAAUUGAACAUGUCCCAGUCUAUUGCCUAUCUGAUCACCUCCCACACCCGGCUGGAAGAGGAGCGACAGAGCCUUUCGGCGACAAACGUCAUUCUGAGUGAUGAGCUGUUUCAGGUGAAGGAAAAGAAUCGAGAGCUCAAGGAACUGAGUGACAGCUUCCGGGGAGAAAUCCAACAUCUCAGCGAGAGAACUGAAGCAGACGCCUUGCUGAGGGACGAUUGUGAGAAGGCAUCACAAAACAACAUGCAGCUCCAGGAGGCAGUCGCAGAGCUUCAACAGCAAAAGAGAGACGUGAGCGCCCUGCUGGAGCAAGAGGGGCAGCAUGCAGCAGAGCUAGAGAAAAGCAGGAGAGAGGAGAUGGACUUGAUGUUGGCAGACAUGCAUUCAGUGAAGGAGGCCUAUCGCUCUCUAGACCUCUACUGCCCUGUGGUGAAUCAGAGGACUAAUGAGCGGAUUUGCAAAAAAUGUCAUGAUAGCUGGACGCUCUUCCAGACCAAGUGCUACUACUUUUCCUCUCGCAUGCUCACCUGGAGGUCCAGCAGAGCCUGGUGCAAGACACAAGGGGGUGACCUGGCCAUCAUUGACAAUAAACAGGAACAGAAUUUCAUUUUUGCCACCAGCCAGGCUGUGGACCAGACCAACACCAGGCUGUGGAUCGGCAUGACAGAUGCAGAGAAGGAAGGUGAAUGGCAGUGGGUGGAUGGCAGCCCAGUGACUUCAGAUCUGCAGUUUUGGCUGAGCAGACCAGGACAUGGGACUGAGCCUGAUGACUGGAAGUCAGAUAAUCCUUUAGGAGAGGACUGUGGACAUAUUGAUACCAGAGAAAGAGCGCUCGCUUCCUGGAUGGAUGGCUCCUGUAACACCCCUUAUAGAUGGAUCUGUGAAAAGAAUGUUUAAAAUGCCCACGAUUUUUUUUCUCAUAUUGUAAAUAUACCACAAAUGAUUUGAA